UGCUUAUCAGCAUCCUAAUUUACACGAUAAGCCGUAGCGCAGCAUCUCUGCCUUUGCGACAAUCGACUUUGGGAUUAUUAUUCUGGCCCCAGUCCAACUCUUCCCUGUACACGCACGCCCCAUCCCUUCUCUUCCUCCGUCUGUCUGUCGUGUCCUCGACGUCGACAUCAGCGACAACACCGCCCGCCGGCUGCUGCGACCGCCUGAAUUGACCCUACCCGCUACCUAGUUACCGUCAACCUCUGCCUUCGUCCCCGUCCAGCGCUUCAUUGCCGCCCAUCUCCACUCAUGAAUCCUUAAUCCGGUAUCUCGUCUUCCGCCCCUGAAACUUCCCACCCUGACGGCCCACCGUGGAAGAAGAAGAGAAGGGUUCUACGCGCCCUGCCAUCUCGAACCCCCCCCACUACGCGAACAUCUCUCGGAAGCUCGCUACUCAGUUCGAAUGCUACCCUCAUAUGCGUCUUCCACCGGCUCCAAGAUGAUGUCCCGACAUCAUUCCGCCGGGUACUCCAAUGGCUAUCCCCGUGGGAACACCUUUGACAUAUCCCCCCACAGAUUCCAACCCCGCGCUUCGACCCCCGCGUCCCGUCGAAGAAAGAGCCUGUUGACUCGGCUAGGUAUAUUAGCUAUAGUCUUGGUGGUAUUUUGGCUUUUCAUCUGGCCUGGCGGCCGGUCAUUUACUUCGAUAUUCUCCCUCGGCCUCAUAAGUGCGACCGGCGAGGCGUUGAUGGACACGGUGCGGUACUACGACUUGUCGAACGUGCAGGGGACCGCUCGCGGUUGGGAGAGGGAGGAACGCAUCCUGAUGUGUGUGCCCUUGCGAGAUGCCGAGCCACAUCUGCCUAUGAUGUUCUCCCAUCUCCGCAACUUCACCUACCCUCAUCACCUGAUCGACCUUGCCUUCCUCGUAUCCGACUCGAAAGACCGAACUCUGGAAUUGCUUGUGGAGAAGCUUGAGGAGCUGCAGGCUAGCGAGGACCCGAAACAGCCGUACGGGGAGAUAUCCAUCAUCGAGAAGGACUUUGGGCAGAAGGUCAACCAAGACGUGGAAAGCCGCCACGGCUUCGCGGCGCAGGCCAGUCGUCGGAAGCUGAUGGCCCAGGCGCGGAACUGGCUCCUGAGUGCAACCCUUCGUCCGUAUCAUUCUUGGGUGUAUUGGCGGGAUGUCGACGUUGAGACGGCCCCGUUCACCAUCCUCGAGGACCUCAUGCGUCAUAACAAGGACGUUAUAGUACCCAAUGUCUGGCGACCGCUCCCAGAUUGGCUAGGCGGCGAGCAGCCAUAUGAUUUGAAUUCUUGGCAAGAAUCGGAGACGGCGCUGGCCCUGGCUGACACUCUAGACGAGGACGCCGUGAUUGUCGAAGGGUAUGCCGAGUACGCGACGUGGCGGCCCCAUCUGGCCUACCUCCGUGAUCCCUAUGGCGACCCAGACAUGGAAAUGGAGAUAGAUGGCGUGGGAGGCGUCAGCAUUCUGGCUAAGGCGAGGGUCUUCCGGUCCGGCGUCCACUUCCCUGCCUUCAGUUUUGAAAAGCACGCCGAAACGGAAGGUUUUGGCAAGAUGGCUAAACGUAUGCAAUUUUCUGUCGUUGGGCUGCCCCAUUAUACCAUCUGGCAUUUGUACGAGCCUAGUGUAGAUGACAUCCGACAUAUGGAGGAGAUGGAACAGGAACGCCUGGCUAGGGAGGCCGAGGAGAAGGCGAGGCAAGAGCGGGAGAAGAAGAUCAAGGAAGAAUUCGGCGACGCCAAUAGCCAAUGGGAGAAGGACAAGUCCGAGAUCCAAAACCUCGCCAAACAGCAGGCCCAGAAGGAACAGGAACCCGAACAGAAGAAGGACCCGGAAUCGGAGAGCAACGAUGAGUCCAGCGGUAGCGAAAAGAGGGAGGCCGCCGACCCAGCUGGGGAGAAGAAACAACAAUAAAUCCCCGUCCGAAGGGGGAGGGGAGGGCUGGCUGGCUCGCGCUACGAGUAUAAUCGGGAUGAUGAAAACACGCCUUGAGAGGUAAGGAAAAGGAAAGGCGGGUACAUGAGUGAUCGACUAGUAUGGUCGCCUGUAUAAUAAAAUGACCCUGGCGAGGAUCAUGGCACUGGCGUUUUGGUAGUGUCGAUGCAUGGCUACGAAGCAUGGGGAAAUAUCAAAGCUGGCAACGGAACCGCGUUGUUGUAUAGACCUGGCCCUGGGGCCUUAUUAUAUCUACCUAGUACCUACGCGGUGCAUGAGGUUGUUAUUUGCGCAGGUGCGGGUGCGAGGCAUCUUUGCCUGGCGGUUGUGCACGAAUACACAGAAUACAGGCGACCCCCAGAAGAAGAAUAAGAUAGAAAAGGGGCUUCGCUUCG